AGUUCAUCUCCUGACGUCGUGGCGAGCGUACUCCGUCGUCGUUGCUUCGCAUUGGCUUCCUCCUUGCGUUUCCAUAUAAACAUACAUGCUGAUUAAUGUACGGGCGUGUGUGUGUGCAUCAUACAAUCAUAGCCACUCCAUUUCAACUUCUUCAGUAAUAAUAUUGAAAAGAAUCAAUUUGCCAAGAGAUUGCGCGAUACAAUACGAAAAAGUCAUAACUUCCACCAAGAAUAAGAACCAAUAUGAUUCGACGAUGAUUUAUGAAAGAAUAUCACCCAUAUGAUACUAAGCAUAAGGACUUCUUUAGUUGGGCAUUUAUUAGCUUUCUAAGCUGACGAGCUAGUGCAAAUUACUAAAUAUCGUUCGAGAAGUGCUUCCAUUAGGCCCAAUUUACCCACAAUUGUACAGCACAAUGCGUUUCAUUAGUGUUUGUUAUUGUUCGCUCAUCUAACGCAUCACGACUAUUGUACGUCGGUGAUAGAGCAGCACUUGCAGCAAGUGAUAUAAAAAGAAAUAUCGUGCAUUCAAUAUACUGCAUUCUGGAUCAACAAACACCCCGGCAGUGCAUAAUCCAGCAGAGGAGGCCACUAAUUGGAAAUCAAUUGACGGACGGAGCACGUCAGAGUAUCAUUUCCACGCAAAGUCUCGUUCACCAUCCAGAAGAUAAUAAUUGCGGAAAAGACUGGCUGAUAUAUACCGCUGGAUCGCAAUGCCAGAUGGCAUUAUUGCUCGACACGGACUAUCUUCCAAUGCAGUACAAGAAAACGGAAACAUUUGCAAUGGAGGAAGCACAAUCACACAGCUUUAUCAACAGCAGAAGUUUCACAAUGACUCGCCACCGGUCUCGGAAUCUUCAUCACCCGCUAAAAAGUCACUUCCUACUACUCCGACGCACAUCUUCGGCGGCGGACCGGGCUCCAGCGGUGUGGGGGCAAGUGCAGGCACUUGCAACGGGGAGUUCAAGCUUUGCGGAUACGAUGGCGGAAACGGAGAGGACUGCAGUGGAACGACACCGGCCGAAAUUUUUGGCAUAUUGGGAUUUUGGCUGAAACUGCGACACGAUUUGAAAUCCGUUCCUUGGAAGCAACUGAGGGCUAUUAAGAUGAAGAAUGCACGUGCCGCACCAGGCUGUGCUUACAUUCCUACUAAGAUUGAGCACAUUGCCAAUGUUUUAACUCAUGGUCUUUGGGUGCUUCCAUCGGUGUAUGCCGGCCUGAAUCUGUUCUUCCGAAGCGGCACAUCAGCCCAGAUAGUCUGCUCAAUAAUCUACGGAAUUGCGCUGACGAUGCUGUUCUUCGUGUCAACAUUCUUCCAUUGUGUGUUCUAUUGCAAUCGGAACCGCCAACUGAAGGACGUUUUGCACCGAUGUGAUAGGGCAAUGAUUUACAUUUUCAUCGCUGGAUCGUACUACCCGUGGCUUAGCCUAGGACACACUUCUCAUCCGCAGAUUGUAUCUGUGGUGAAGUGGUGUGUUUGUGUUAUGGCCGUUCUAGGAAUCAUUUACCAACAGGUGUUCCAUGAACGAUACAAAUGCCUGGAGACGUUCUUCUAUACAGUUAUCGGUGUGGUUCCGUCUUUGGUGAUUAUCUGUUGGGGUCAUGAAUUCACCGGAAUGACUGAACUGAAGUUGGGUGGUCUCCUAUACAUAAUAGGAAUUGGUUUCUUUAAGUCGGACGGAAUAUUCCCCUUCGCUCAUGCGAUUUGGCAUUUAUUCGUAGUCAUGGCUGCCACAGUGCAUUAUUUCGCGAUACUCAAUCACCUUUACUCGGUGGAAGUUGGAGGCGUUGCUUAGAAUAAGAAAUUCCUCCAUCAACAGAAUGUGCUCUCGAAUCAGUGAUAUUAUCGACGACCACCAAAUAUGUGAACGUUUGUAUGAUUGAUUUAUGGUAAUGUGCUUGGAUGCUAUUGUACUGUAUUGUUCUCUGUUUAAAGAGAACAUCUUCCUUCGGUUGGGGUAAACAUCACUAUUGUCAAGCUCUAAAUGUCAUUACCUAUAGGUGUUCAAUAUUCCUGAUUAUUACACACAGGUACAACAAGAAAUAGCUGUAAAUGCACAUAUGUAUUAGAGUCAAAGUAUAUUCUUCAAAGACAAAACAUGUAAUAUUCGGUCAUAAUUCCAAUCAGUGCUAUGAACAGUCUUUUGCAUUCAUUUGUAUAAUUUUCCGAGAACUUUUUUUUUAACAGCGCUUAAACAUAAUCUGAAUGCUAAAAUGACAUUAUGUCUAAUGACACAUGACCUUUCGUUAGAUUUCACUCAGAUUUUAUGUUUAAAGUAGGGCAUGAAGCAUAAUUAAUUUGUUGAAUUAUUUCGAAAUGAAUUAAACUUUUAAGAGAAGUUUUGGUCAAAUUAGUCAAAUGAUAUGCCAAUAGCACUUUACACUGAUUUCAAUUCUCGCAUGAUAAUAUUCUUUAAUGUACAGUAAGCUAGAUUUCUAAUGAAUUACUUUUUUGCUUUUGAAAAAUAUACAAAAAGUAACCAAAAGACACGUAGAUCCGUUACCAAAAAAUAUCCAUUUCCGAUAACCAACCACCAACCACAACAUGUGGAAAUAGCCUCCCAUUAGUUUUCUAUCAUAGAGGAAAAUUGUGAUACUCAUGUUUGUUUUAGUAAUAUUUAAACCACAUUUUAGAUUUACUUUUUGUUUUCUACGUGGAAGAAAAACAUUGCUGAACAUAGGUGAUACAAAAUGUUGGAAUUGACAUCGUCUAGAUAUUUACAGCACACGCUGUUCGAAAAUAAGAAAUACUCAUUAAAAGUAAUACAGAAUGAAAUGGUUUAACCACAAUUUAUUUCAGCUCUGCAGGGAGGAAACGCAAAGAUUAUAGUAAACCAACAUGUAUCAAAGUUUUUUUGCUGGGUAUGGUCUUUAACUACAAUAUAGAAAACAUGCAACUGUACCACCAAUAGUAUAGAGAAAGUUACUAUUUUGAACUUAUUCUGUAGACAAACUCCCCCUUUAACUGAAAUAGACUUUCUGUCGAAUACUACGAAGAAAUAUAUGAAGUAAUAGUUUACAUUGAAUAACAAAA